CCCCAUAGCCCAGAGGGGGCAUCUCUUGGCCAGGGUCCUCCAUGGAGCUGCUCUCUGGGACUCUCUUCCUGCUCCUUUGCGUCUGUGGCGUCUUAUUCCUGGGCUUGGGAUGGAAAAGCAAAGACAGCAAAGGCCGUCUGCCCCCUGGACCCACCCCGCUCCCCAUCCUGGGGAAUUUUCUCCAGCUGGACCCAAACAACAUGCUCAGAUCCCUGGAGAAGCUGAGCGAGGUCUACGGCUCGGUCUUCACCGUCUACCUGGGGCUGCGGCGAGUCGUGGUCUUGAGCAGCUACAAGGUGGUGAAGGAGGCCCUGGUGGACCAGGCAGAGGACUUCAAUGCGAGAGGGCAGCUGCCGUCCUUCUCCAAGGAUUUCAAUGAACACGGGGUGACCUUUGCCAACGGCGAUCGGUGGAGGCAACUUCGCAGGUUCAGCCUCACCACCUUGAGGAAUUUCGGGAUGGGGAAACGGUCCAUCGAGGAGCGGAUCCAGGAGGAGGCCCGGUGCCUGGCAGAGGAGUUCCGUAAGUUGCAAGGGACGCCCUUUGACCCCACCGUCGUCAUCAGCCGAGCCGUCUCCAACGUCAUCUGUUCCAUCGUAUUUGGGAACAGGUUCCAGUACGACGAUGAGAAAUUCAUCACCCUGAGUGAGCUGAUCACAGAACGGUUCCGCGUGGCCAGCCUGCCCCCGUCUCAGCUGUACAAUAUUUUCCCGGAGAUCAUGGAAAAGAUCCCCGGAUCGCACCACGCGGGCAGCAAAUGUUCCCAGGGGAUCAUCCGCUUCAUAGAGGAGAGGAUCAAGAUGCAGCAGGCCUCGCUGGAUCCCUCUGACCCCCACAACUACAUUGACUGCUUCUUAGUUAAGAUGGAUCAGGAAAAGAAUAACCCGGCUUCUGAAUUUUGCAUGGAGAAUUUGGUCAUGGCCACCUUCAACUUGUUCUUCGCUGGGACGGAGACGAUCGGCACCACCCUGAGAUAUGGAUUCCUCACCAUGCUGAAGUAUCCACAGAUUCAAGAAAAACUCCACGAGGAAAUCGAUCGAGUGAUUGGGAGGGACCGGAUCCCAGCCAGUGAGGACAGGAACAAAAUGCCCUAUAUGGAGGCUGUAGUGCACGAGAUCCAGCGAUUCAGCGAUAUCAUACCAAUGAAUCUUCCCCGCAUGGCCAGGAAAGACAUCCACUUCAGGGGCUAUGUCAUUCCCAAGGGGACCUCCAUCUAUCCUUUGCUGAGCAGCGUUCACUAUGACUCAGAGGAGCACUCCAACCCUCAAGAGUUUGACCCAGGGAGAUUCUUGGAUAGCCAAGGCUGCUUCAAGAAGGUGGAGGCCUUCAUGCCUUUCUCAGCAGGGAAGCGCAUGUGUAUCGGCGAAGGGUUGGCCCGCAUGGAACUGUUCCUCUUCUUCACCACCAUCCUGCAGGCCUUCACCCUCCAGUCCCCUGUGCCCCCCAGCCAGAUCAGUCUCGCACCGGCGGCCGUGGGCCUUGGGAAGGUGCCCCCAAAAUACCAGCUGUCAGCGUCCUGGCGCCAACACUGAUCUCUCCCUUCCUGUGUUGCGGCGCAAGAAGAUCUCCGUUUCUCUCUCAGUACCUCUGCACUCCUGUGAGAUUGGCCGUAAAGUAGGCAAGUCCUCUCUUUGAAGGCCUGUCUGUGCAAGGAGGAGGAGGAAGAACCCAACUCACCUGGUGGACUUGAACUGUUUUGCAAAAAUGCGCUUCUUCGGCAAUUGUGCAUACGAAAAAGGCAAUGUUAGGAGAAAUUUGCAAUAAAUGGUUGAUGAAUUUUCAGAAAACUGAUAUGGAGGGCACCAGGUUGUGGAAGACCGGAUUGGAGAUUUGAUUUUCCUUUUAAAAAAUUCAUUUUAUAUUGUACAUAAAACACAGAGAACAGUUGUAACAGGAGAUGGGAAUGAAAAGAUGAAAAACAAAACUUUAAGAGAGGCACAUGGGUCAGCAUAAUAAAGUCCAAGCAAAAAAGACUGACUUCCAAGGCUAGUUCCAGAUCUGCCGGGCUGGGGAGAAGGGUUAUCUUGAG